AUGGCAAACCAGAUAACGGAAGCCUCUCUGAAGGCUGUCUUGACCGAACGCCUCCAGGCAACUCACGUCGAGGUCACAGACAUGUCUGGCGGCUGUGGCCAAGCCUUCACCUCCACGAUCGUCUCCCCCGUUUUCGAGAAGCAAACCUCGCUCAAGCGUCACCGCCUUGUCAACGCCGCCCUCAAAGACGAGAUUGCGCAGAUCCACGCUUGGAGCGCAAAGUGCCAGACCCCCGCCGAGUGGGAACGUGACAGGGCCGCCGCCGGCGGCGUCAACGACGGCCCCCCGAUGGAUGGGACCGUUGGUGGAAAGGUCGAGGGCGUUGCGCAGUAG